CCUAGACUUUGUUGCUUUGCCUUGAAGAAAGAUCACACACCAUGAAGCAGUGUGUGGUUUUCAUGAUGGUGUUCCUGUGUGUCCAUGGGGCCCCUGUGGACACUUUGACCCCUGGAUCCUGCAAAGAUGCUGCAACGAAUGGUGCUGCCACUGAAGCCAUGAACCAAAUCAACCUGGACCGUACAGAGGGCUACGUGUACAGCCUUGUCCGUCUCAGCAAUGCCCACUACAUGAAGCAUGGUGAAACAGGGGUUGUCUUUUAUCUAACAUUUGAUGUUUUGGAGACCAAGUGUCAUGUCCUCAGCAAGAAGAACUGGAAAGACUGUGAAAUCCGAAGCCCUGAGGAGUACCCGGUGUAUGGACAGUGUAAGGCUGCUAUGUACAUGAACAGAGUUCACAGAGUCACUCGGCUGUACAAAUAUACCUGUACUGUGAGACCAGUGCCAGCUUCACAAAUCAGAGAACGGUGCCCAGACUGCCCCAUGCAGCUGUCUCAGGAUCAUGAAGAGAUCUUGAAGACAGUGAAUUUGGCCAUGAAGAAAUACAACAAUGAGAGUGGACUGGCUAACUACUUUGUUCCUCUGAACAUUACAAAAACUUCAGCUCAGUAUGGUUUUGGAAGAUUUCACACUGUGGAGUUCACCAUCCAGGAGACAGGUUGCUCUUCCAAAACUGACAUCGAUGAUAUCUCUAAAUGUGAGAUCAUAGCAUGCGAGUUUGCACACAAAGGAUUCUGCAAAGCAUCUCACACUGUGACGAUCACCAAUGAGGAAAACCUCAGUGUUCAGUGUGAAAUAUUUGAACCUAAGGCAUCUGAAGAGGAGAAGAAGAAGCACUUGAUCGGAGGUGAACUGGAUCACAGCCACACAGGAGCUGGCUCAUCUACUGGACACGGCCAUGCCCAUGACCACACAAAGCCCCACCAACAUGGCCAUGACCACAAUUCAGGCCACCACCACACACAUGAGCAUGGUGAGGGCAAACCCCACUCUCACGAUCAUUCUCACGAUCAUGAACAUGUUCACGCGCACGACGCCAAGGCUCAUGAGCACAACCAGGAUGAGUGGGAACACCACCACCACCAGUACGGUCACAAGAAGGAUGAGACCCACGAACAUGACCAUGAGAUGGUGCUGGACCACGAGCACAAGCACAGACACCUUCAUGAGCACGAGCACCAUCACCACGACCACCAACACGGUCACAAAACAGCAGCGAGGCGCCCUGAAGGCAUCGUCAACGUCCUGCCUCCAAUUGACAAACCCAUGAUCCUUCCAAUCUUCCCUGACAAACCCGUCGCAGGACCCGAGAAGCCCUCCACCCUCCCGUUCCACCCCGACCCCCAGAUACCAGGCCAGAGGGAGCCUACCAUCCAGCCCUUCCCCACAACCAUGUCCCCUGAUUGCCCCGCACAAUCCAGCAUCCAAAAUGUCAUUCUCAAGAAGGCCUUCAGUGAGGAUCCCCUCUUUAAACACACUGCGUAGAGCUACUUGAAUAUUUCAUAUUUCUACACUGAAAUAAUUAAUUCAAAUGGUGAAAUUAUGCUUUGUGCAAUAAAGCGUGUUUUGGCAGUCA